GCCAGCUCCGAGCCAGCUCCGAGCCAGUGCCGACCCGCCGCCGAGCGCUCCGCGGGGCCACAGCCGCACCGGGGCGGCCGCGGCACCGGGGGAGCGCCGGAGCGCUCGGGGCACUGGAGCGGCCGGCGGUGCCGGAGAGACCUUGGCGCCGGAGCAGCGGGGAGGCUGCGGGACGUCGUGGCGGGGCCGGACCCCGCGGGAUGUGAACGCCGCCGGCACGGGACGCGCAGUGCAGGAUUAAAGCGAACUCGGCAAAGGAGAUCAAGCCACCCUCUGCUCUGUUAGUUGUCAGCCAUGGAGCAAAUGAAGAGGUCAACAAUGCUUCUGCUGGAGCUGCUUAUUCUUGGGGGCCUGAGAGCAGGGAUGGGCUCUGCUGUCCUGGGCACCCUGGAUCUACAAAUAGAUGAGGAGCAGCCAGCUGGCACCAUCAUUGGGGACAUCAGUGCUGGCCUACCCCCUGAAACUAGUGCCUACAUGUAUUUCAUCUCAGCACAGGAGGGCAGUGGAGUCUCCACUGACUUGGGGAUAGAUGAGAAUACAGGGAUCAUCAAAACAGCUCGUGUCCUGGACCGGGAGACUCGGGACCGCUACAGCUUCAUUGCUGUCACCCCAGAGGGCAUCACGGUAGAGGUGAACAUCCAAGUGAAUGACAUCAAUGACCAUGCCCCAGCAUUUCCCAAACAGCACAGCACGUUUCAGAUCCCGGAGCACACACCCAUUGGCAGCAGGUUUCCCUUGGACCCGGCCUUUGAUGCCGACAGCGGCCUCCUGAACACACAAGGCUACACGAUUAAGGGAGGGAAUGUGGGGCAGGCCUUCCGCCUAGAAACGCGUCGAGGACCCAAUGGGGUCCUGUAUCUGGACCUGGUGGUCAGCAGCGUUCUGGAUCGGGAGAACCGUUCCUCAUACUCCCUGCUGCUGGAAGCCUACGAUGGGGGUUCUCCACCCCGGAGCACCCAGAUGACGCUGGAUGUGUCCAUUCAGGACAUCAAUGACAAUGCCCCCAGCUUCAACCAGAGCCGCUAUCACACGCUCAUUUCAGAGAAUCUGAAACCUGGCAGCAGUAUCCUGCAGGUUUUUGCUUCUGAUGCAGAUGAAGGUGACAAUGGGGAUGUGAUUUACGAGAUCAACCGACGGCAGAGUGAUCCUGACCAGUACUUCACCAUCGAUGCCCGGACUGGAGUCAUAAAGCUCAACAAAGGUCUGGACUAUGAAGUGAGGAAGGUGCAUGAGCUGGUGGUGCAGGCAAGGGAUAAGGCUGUCCAUCCUGAGGUCACCACAGCCUUUGUCACUAUCCAUGUGCGUGACUACAAUGACAACCAGCCCACCAUGACUAUCAUCUUUCUGAGUGAGGAUGGCUCCCCGCAGAUCUCCGAGGGAGCCCAGCCUGGACAGUACGUGGCACGCAUUUCUGUUUCCGAUCCCGACUAUGGAGAGUAUUCCAAUGUCAAUGUCACACUGGAGGGAGGAGAUGGCAAGUUUGCCCUCACUACCAAGGACAACAUAAUCUAUCUGAUCUGUGUGGACCAACUUCUGGAUCGGGAAGAAAGAGACUCCUAUGAUCUGCGGGUGACAGCUACUGACUCAGGAACACCCCCGCUCCGGGCAGAAUCAGCCUUUGUGCUGCAGGUGAUGGAUGUUAAUGACAAUCCCCCGCUCUUUGACCAGCAGGAGUACAAGCAGAGCAUCCCUGAGGUAGUGUACCCAGGCAGCUUUGUCCUGCAGGUGACAGCUCGUGACAAGGACCAGGGUCCCAAUGGGGAGGUGCGGUACAGCAUUCUGCAUGGCCGCGACACCCACUCCAGCUGGUUUACCAUUGACCCUGCCACAGGCAUCAUCACCACUGCUGCCCCACUGGAUUAUGAGAAGGAUCCUCAGCCUCAGCUCACUGUGCUGGCCACAGACCGGGGAACUCCUGCCCUCUCUUCCUCAGCUGUGGUGCACGUGGCCUUGCAGGAUGUCAAUGACAAUGAGCCAGUGUUCAGGAGUAACUUCUACAAUGUGUCCCUGAAGGAGAACACCCCUGUUGGGACCUGCUUCUUACAGGUGACAGCCACAGACGCAGACAGCGGUGCGUUUGGCUCCCUUUCCUACUCCAUUGGCUCUGGCAUCGGCAGCGUCACCCCCACGCAGUUCAGCAUUGACAAGCACUCAGGGCAGCUGUGCACAGUGCAGCCCCUGGACCGUGAUGAGGGCACGUCUGCCUACGACUUCACCAUCACUGCUGUGGAUGGGGGCGGCCUGAACUCCAUGGUGUAUGUGAAGGUGUUCCUGGAGGACACGAACGACAACCGGCCAGUGUUCUACCCGCUGGAGUACGCUGCCAGCAUCAGCACGCAGAGCAUGCCGGGGACGGCCGUGCUGCGUGUCACUGCCCACGACAAGGACGAGGGGCUCAAUGGGAGGGUGACAUACCGCAUCGUCCUGGGAAACUCGCCCCCGCUCUUCUCCCUCAACAAGGACACAGGUGUCAUUUCUCUGUCCUGGUCUCUGAGUGGCAAAGCCAACACGCUGGUGCAGCUGGUGAUCUCUGCUCAGGAUGGGGGGGGCCUGCAGGCACAGCCGAAUGCCCGGGUAAACAUCAGCAUCGUGGAGGGCACAGUCUCACCCCCUGUCUUUGAGCAAGCUCAGUACUUCUUCAGCGUGCCCGAGGACAUGCCACAGGGCGCCACUGUGGGGGCUGUCCAGGCCCAGAACCCACCAGGUCAUGCUGAUGACAUCUUCUAUUCCAUCUCCUCGGGGGACCCUCAUGGCUAUUUCUCCAUCGACUCGGCCUCGGGGCAGCUCCGCACCAGCCUGCCUCUGGAUCACGAGUCCCAGGCAGUUCUCAUCCUAGAUGUCCAGGCCCGGAGCGGUUCACCCCCUGCCUACAGCAACACGCGUGUGAAGAUCUCCGUGUCAGAUGUGAAUGAUAACACGCCGGCAUUCCCAGCUCCCUCUGACUCCAUCCUGCUGCCAGAGGCCACAGAGCCCGGCACUACAGUCUACACCCUGCAGGCUGAGGACCGUGACAGCGGUGCCAAUGGGCAGGUGACCUUUGAGCUGGUCUCGGGAGGUGAGGGCACCUUCGUCGUGGAGCGUGCCUCGGGGGCAGUGCGGCUCCUUGGGGCCCUGCAGUACGAGGCCAUCUCAGCCUACAGCCUGGCCAUCGUGGCCCGGGACAGUGGCGUUCCCCAGCUCAGCUCCACCUUCACGCUGCUGGUGCACGUGCAAGCCGAGGACGACAACGGACCCAUCUUUGACACCCUCACCUACCGUGUGGAGGUGCAGGAGGGUGUUCCCGUCUCCACGCGCUUCCUUCAGGUGAGGGCCCUGGCCCACGAUGUGGAACCCACGGCCCUCACCUACCACCUGCGUGCAGAUGGGGACGCUGCCAGCUUCGGCAUCGUGCCCGAGAGUGGCUGGCUGUACGUCAAGAGUGCCCUGGACCGGGAGACGCGGGACCUGUACGUGCUGACAGUGCUGGCCUCGGUGGGAGGCACCGGGGCCGCGGCAGACACACGGAAAACCGGCACCAGCACCGUGCGCAUCAGCAUCACCGACGAGAACGACAACAGCCCUCGGCUGAGCGAGGAGCGGUACUUCUUCACCGUGUCUGAGAACCAGGCUCCUGGCAGCACUGUGGGGAGGGUGAUGGCAAGCGACCGGGACGCCGGGCAGAACAGCCGGCUCACCUACCGCCUGCUCCAGCAUGACCCCAACUUUCUUAUCCACACACAGACAGGAGAGGUCAGCACCAAGCACAGCUUGGAUCGGGAGCAGCAGUCCAACUUCCAGCUCCUGGUGAUUGUGCAGGAUGGGGGAGCACCGCCCCGCAGUGCCACCGGAACCAUCUAUGUCACUGUGCUGGAUGAGAAUGACAACGCUCCUGCUUUCCUCCAUGUGGGCAGUGGUCAGGAGCUUACUGUGCAGGUGCUGGAAGAGAAGCCAUCGGGACUCCUGGUCGCCUCCCUGCAGGCCAAGGACCCUGACGAGGGGGAGAACGGGACCAUCAUCUACUCCCUGAUAGGGCCCUGGGCAGAGCGUUUCACCCUGCACGUGGCUACCGGAGAGCUGCGCACGGCGGCGGUGCUGCGGCGGGCGGAGCGGGCCGAGUACCUCUUCACCGUGACGGCCAGCGACCGCGGCGCGGCGCCGCGCAGCACCUCGGCCAUCGUCCGUGUGCAGGUGUUGCCGUCCUCCCGUGUGCUGCCACGGCCUGAUGCCACUGUGUUGACCCUGCAUCCCCUCGAGGGGGUCAAGCCGGGGUCUGUGAUUGGUUCAGCGGCCCCCCCGGACGCCCCUGCAAGAGGACAGCUAACCUACACGGUGGUAGGAGGUGGUGGGGAUGGCACCUUUGUGGUUGAUAGUAUGACAGGGGAGAUUUACGCUGCCCGUGAGCUGGACUAUGAAGCUGGGGCACGGCACGUGCUCCAGGUGAGUGCUGAGGACAUGCAGCACGGCUAUCCCUCCAGCAGGUUAGUGCUGGUCCACAUCCACGUGCAGGACUGCAAUGACCAGGCACCCACCUUCCCCGAAGACCCCAUUACUAUUGUGGUGCCUGAGAAUGCCCAGGCUGGCUCCUCCAUCUUCACCUUCCAGGCUCUGGAUGGGGAUGGAGUGGGCCCCAACAGCCAGGUGCGCUAUGCUCUGCUGCACCUGGAGCCACCCGGAGCCCCCUUCCAGCUCGAUGGCCGCUCGGGGCAGCUGAUCCUGCGCCAGGGUCUCGACCGGGAGGCCGCUGCCUCCUUCCUGCUGGUGGUGGAGGCCACGGACCAGGCGCGCAACGUCAGCCAGCGCCGCUCGGCCGCCGUCACAGCCCGCGUGUUCGUCACCGACGAGAACGACAACGUGCCCGUCUUCCUCUCCCCGGCCACCGUCAGCGUCAUGGAGGACCAGCCCACGGGCUUUGUGGCACUGCACGUGGUGGCCCAGGACAGCGAUCUGGGAGAGAACGGACGUGUGAGCUACUCCUUGCGAGCAGGAAAUGCCGAUGGCCGCUUCCACCUGAACCCCAGCACUGGUGCACUCUCCAUCGUGCGGGCCCUGAACCGGGAGGAGGUGGCGCAGCACAACCUGACGGUGGUGGCCACGGACCACGGCUUCCCACGCCUCUCGGCCACACAGCUGCUGUCCGUGCUGGUGCUGGACAUCAAUGAUGAGGCUCCUGUUUUUGAGAAACCCGAGUACCAAGCCCACAUCAUGGAGAACCUGCCAGCCGGCAGCCCGGUGCUGCAGGUGCUGGCCACGGACCGGGAUCUGGGUGCCAACGGGCAGGUGUCCUAUGGGGGUCUCUCCGGGGGGCCAUUCUCCAUCCACCCACAGACAGGGCUCAUUGUCACCACGCGUCCCCUGGACCGGGAGGAGCAGGAGCAGCACGUGCUGACAGUCUAUGCACGGGAUGCUGGCCUGCCGCCCAGCCUCACCAAGGCCACGGUGUGGGUCACGGUGGGGGAUGAGAAUGACCAUGCACCCCACCUGGAGAGUGAGUCCUGCUCCGUGGAGGUUCCUGAGAACCAGAGUCGUGUGGCACUCUACACCCUGCGGGCCACUGAUCCUGAUGAUGGGGAGAACGGACGCCUGGAAUACCGGGUGGCAGGUGGAGACCCUGGGCAGGAUUUCAGCCUAGACCCCGUCUCUGGUGUCCUCUCCACUGCACAUGCCCUCGACCGAGAGCAAAUUGCUUCCUACAGCCUCAUUGUAGUGGUGCAGGACCACGGCUCUCCCCCACGCAGUGCCACCAUGUCGGUGACUGUGCAGGUGUUGGACCUCAAUGACAAUGCACCCAGUUUUGCUCAGGCCAGCUACACGGUGGAGGUGCCAGAGGACUUGCCGGUCGGUGCCCUGGUGCUGCAGCUGGUGGCUGAAGACCCGGAUGAGGGCACCAAUGGGCAGGUCUCCUACUACCUGGGCAACGAGUCGCUGGGCAUGUUCCAGGUGGAGCCGCAGAGCGGGCGCGUCCGGAGUGCCCAGGCGCUGGACCGGGAGCGCCAGCCCACCUACAGCUUCCUGGCCAAGGCGGUGGACUCGGCGCCGUGGGAGCCCAGGAGCACGGCUGUGCGCAUCACUGUCGUGGUGCGAGACGUCAACGACCACGUCCCGGCCUUCCUGCACAGCCCGCUCACCGUCAACUUGUCCCGCCACACGCCGCUCAAGCAGGUGGUGGCCACCAUGAGGGCCGAGGACAGGGACGCAGGUGCCAAUGCCUCCAUCCUGUACCGCUUUGCCACCCCCAGCUCCGCCUUCGCCAUCAACUCCUACACGGGGGACAUCCAGCUGCUGCAGCCCCUCGGCUCCCUCAGCCAGCGCCAGCGGACGCUCUUCGUGCUGGCCAUGGACCUGGGGCAGCCAGCACUCUCCUCCACAGGGGUGGUGGUGAUCCACGUGCAGGAGGAGCCCUACCGGGGGCUGCGCUUUCCUCGCAGCACCAGAGAUGUGGCCCUGUCCGAAAAUGCCGCCCCAGGCACUGAGGUGGCGAGUGUCCAGGCCAUGCACAUGGGGGGCUCCUCGGGGCACAUCACCUACAGCAUCAUCAGUGGCAACGAGAGGAACACCUUCCUGAUCCAUCCCAGCUCAGGUGCCAUCUCAGUGCAGGACUCCAGUAGCCUGGACUUCGAGGCCAGCCCCCGGCUGCGCCUGGUGAUCCAGGCAGAGACUGCAGCUUCCUUUGGCUUUAUGGCCAUCAACCUCAACCUCCAGGAUGUGAAUGACAACCUGCCCCGCUUCCAGCUGCAGAACUAUGUGGCAUUCAUCUGGGAGUCACAGGGCUACGACUCACCUGUCAUCCAGGUGCUGGCAGAUGACCUGGACCAGGGAGUAAAUGGGCAGGUGACUUAUGCCAUCAACCAGUCCCUGCCAAUGCCAGGCUUGUACCACAUUGACCCUCAGACUGGCACCAUUACCACUGCUGCCAUCCUGGACAGAGAGAUCUGGUCCCAGACCCGCUUGGUGGUGACAGCGAUGGACCGAGGAACACCACCGCUGAUGGGCUCGGCCACGCUGACCGUGGUGGUGAUGGACAUCAAUGACAAUAGCCCUACCAUCCCGGUCCCCUGGGAGAUCCGUGUCCCUGAGAACACUCUGCUGGGCACCCAGAUAGCCCAGCUGACUGGGAACGAUGUGGACUCGGGCCCGGCACUUUCCUACACGCUGCUGCUGGAGGGGGACGUGGCAGACACCUUUGGGGUGCUGCGCUACGGGGGCCACAUUGCCCUGACGGGGCCGCUGGACCACGAACAGCGCAGCCUCUACACCCUGACCCUGCGCGCCUCUGACACUCGCCACGAGACCGAGGCCAACCUCACCGUCCUCGUGGAGGAUGUGAAUGACAAUGUGCCCACCUUCACCCAGGUUUUCUAUCAGGUGCUGCUGCCAGAGCACACACCUGCUGGCAGUGUCAUCCUCACUGUGAGUGCAACUGACCCCGACUCAGGGAGCAAUGGGGACAUCACCUUCCACCUGGCUGUGCCCAGCCCUGAUGUUGCCAUCGACCCCAGCAAUGGGACCCUCUUCACCACCCGGCAGGUGGAGUUCAAUGCCAGCCAGCCCACCCUGGACCUAGUGGUGGAGGCCCGCGACCAUGGUUAUCCCAGCCUCUCAUCCUGGGCCACAGUGCAGCUCCAGGUUCUGGAUGUUAAUGACCACAGCCCCCGCUUCCAGGAGCCAUGCUACAACGCCACUGUUCCCGAGGACCUGCGCCCAGGCACCACGGUGCUGAUGCUGGAGGCGGGUGACGCCGACCUCUCCCGGGAGAACGCCGGCUUUGAUUAUACCAUUGUCAGCGGCAAUGGUGGCAACGCCUUCCAGGUGGAGAGCCGGGUGGCCCGGGCCGGGGGGCAGCUCCGCACGCAGGGAGCCCUGGUGCUUGUGGAGGCCCUGGACUUUGAGGCCAUCCCAGUGUACAACUUGACGGUGGCAGCCUCGGACCGGGGCCUGCCGCAGCGCAGUGCCACCGUGCCUGUACUGAUCACUGUGCAGGACGUCAAUGACAACCCGCCCGUGUUCAGCCGGGCCGAGUACCGUGCGGCGGUGAGCGAGGCCGCCCUGCCUGGCACCGAGCUGCUGCGUGUGGCCGCCCACGACGCCGACACGGGGCCGCGCGGCCGUGUUCACUACACCAUCAGCUCGGGUGACCAGCACGGGCUGUUCCAGCUGCAUGAGAGCACAGGGGCCCUGAGCCUGGCACGGCCACUGGAUCGGGAGGCCCAGGCGCUGCACACGCUGGUGGUGCGGGCCACGGACACACCGGGCGGGCACUUUGCGCUGGUCCCUGUGGCCAUUGAGGUGAAGGACAUCAACGACAACAAGCCAUACUUCCCAGUGGAGGUGCUGAGCGCCAGCAUCCGGGAGAACUUGCCCCCCGGCACGCUGGUGACCACGCUGCGUGCUGUGGAUGCCGACAGCGGUGCCUUUGGGGAGCUCCGGUACGUGGUGCUGGAGCAGGCAGUGGGGGACCCCAGCACGGGAGACGGCCGGGAUGCCUUUGCUGUCAAUGGGAGCUCUGGGGAGCUGCGCUCCCGCCUCACCUUUGACUAUGAGCGAGCCAAAGCCUUCCAGCUGCUGGUUCGGGCCACUGAUGCUGGCAAUGCCUCGGCCACUGUGACUGUGCGGGUGCUGGUGACAGGGGAAGAUGAGUAUGAUCCCAUCUUCCUGAGCCCCUCCUUCAACUUCGAGGUGCCUGAGGGCGCACGCAAAGGGCAGAGCAUUGGGCGUGUGCUGGCCACGGAUGAGGAUGAGGGGGUUGACGGUGUUGUGCUCUACACCCUGGCAAAGCCCUCACCAUACUUUGCCAUCAACCAGACCACGGGCUCCAUCUAUCUGCGUGUGGACAGCCAGCCCCAAGCCGGGGCUGGGCGUGCCAAGAGGGAGCCACGGGAGAUGAGCCUGGAGGUGCAGGCACGCAGCCCACUGCCUGCUUCCCGUGUGGCCUCUGUGCAGGUCACCAUUGACGUCACGCACACCUCCUUUGGCCUGGCACCUGACCUCAACCUCCUGCUGGUGGCCGUGGCCGCCUCGCUGGGCGUUGUGGUGGUGCUGGCCGCCGUGGCCAUCGUGCUGGCCUUGGUGCGCCACAAGAAGGCAGAGGCAGAGGGGGCACUGGCCCGUGCACAGAGCGGGUCCUUGCAGAAGCUGGGCUGUGAGGAGCCAGCGCUGCCUGGGGCUGAGCACAUCUACCACCAGGCGCUGCCAGGGUAUGGGACUGAGCCGGCAGGGCCCUACACGCGGGGUGGCUCCCUGGACCCCUCGCAUUCCAGCGGCCGUGGCUCUGCUGAAGCCGCCGAGGAUGACGAGAUACGGAUGAUCAAUGAGUACCCACGCGUGGCCAGCAUCACAGCCUCCAUGCAGGAGCACAUUGCUGCCCGCGGCCCUGACUCUGGCAUCCAGCAGGAUGCUGACCAGCUCUCCGACAUCUCCUGUGAGCCAGCUGCGUUGGAGAGUGCCCAGUGGUUCAAGAGCAAGAAGGGCUCUGGGCUGCUGCUGCCGGGGCCACCCCUGCAGCUGUACCGCGAGGACGGGGGAGGCAGCGCCUUCCUGGGCGUCCGCUGCGGCCUCAGCGUCUCCUCACAGCCCCAGGACUAUGCCUUCCCAGAGGACGGCAAGCCCUCCGUGGAGGGCUCGCUCACCGCCAUUGUGGCCAGCGAUGAGGAGCUCCGCGGCAGCUACAACUGGGAUUACCUGCUGAACUGGUGUCCCCAGUUCCAGCCACUGGCCAGUGUCUUCACGGAGAUCGCCCGCCUCAAGGAUGAGAGCUCCCUGCGCAAGCCCUUCCCGGCCAAGCCCAAGGCAGAGCCCAAGCCCCGCAUCGACCCCCCGCCCCUCAUCACUUCAGUGGCCCAUCCAGGUGCCAAGUCGGUGCCCCCCAAGCCACCACCAGGCAGGACCUUCCCGCACUCUUCCUCCCUGCGCCGCUCGCCGAUUAGCCACGAGGGUUCCAUCUCGUCCUCUGCCAUGUCGCCCAGCUUCUCCCCGUCGCUGUCCCCGCUGGCCGCCCGCUCCCCGGUGGUCUCGCCCUUUGGCAUCUCACAGGGGCCAUCCACCUCCACCAUCAGUGCUGAGCACUCGCUGGAGCCCCCUGAGGAGGCCGAGCUCAGGAUUUAGAGCUUGGCCCCUGGCCUCCUCUGCCCCAGCCCACAGCCACGGGGCCGGAGCGGGGCCCAGCCCAGGGCUGCUAAAAUGGGUGCUCAUCCUGCUCCCAGCUCUGUGCCGGGCCUGGGCCCUGGGACCACAGAUGCCCUUGGGGGCUGUGGCCCCUGUCCGUCCCCACAGCUUGGCAGACCCUGUGCUGGCUGGUGCCCUAUGGACUGCUGACCCCAGUGCUGGCACCCCGGGGUGAUGGUCCAUGUGCUGCUUGCAGUGGCUCAGAUUGGUGCUGGGCAGGAUGGUGCUUCAUGGUACUUGGUGCUCCAGGAGCGACAGGGAGCUCAGGGGGGCUGGAGGCCCAGACCCUGCCCAGCUCUGGCGGCCAUGCAGCAGCCUGGGUGCAGGAGGAGCCUGAGCCUUCCCUUGUGACCCUCGGAGCUCCUAGGGCGGGGGGCAAUGCCCCAUGGCUGGGGGUGAUGUCCCAGGUCAGGGCGCGAUGCCCCAGGGCACGGACGCUGCCUGUGGCAAUUAACCUGUCCCCUGUCCGGGAGGGGACACUCACCUGGCUGGCUGCAGUAGAAGGCAGCAGUGCCCACAUCUUGCUGCCUAUCUGUGGCUGGGCAGGGACAGGAGAGCCUUUGAGGUCUCUCCAGCCCUUUGGCUACCCACUGCAGGUGACACAUCCAGGAAUCUCCUGCCCAGAACUUCAGGAUGGUUCCUGUGGUCUGGGAGGGAGGUGCCUGCCAUGCUCAGCAUGAGAAUCCCGUACCUGGAAACAGGUGCCUCUCUGGGCAAGGGUCCCAGGGCAGCACAAUGGGGCUGGCAGAGCAGUGUGCCGCUGACAGGGAUAGCCCAGCCUCAGCAGCAGUGGUGGUGGCUGCUGUGACCCUCAGGCCCAGCAGGCAGCCUGCAGCUGCAGGGGCACAGGUGGGAGCUGGUGCCCCAAAAAGCCACAUCACCCCGUUCUCUUACAGGCACAGUGGGGACACUGGGCAUCUUGCCUUCCCUGGGCCCUGUCGCAUGACUGCUUCCCAGGACAGUCUGGGCCCGCUGCAGAACAUGGUCAAGGUGCCAGAACCCCCUGCUGCUGGCCCCAGCCCCUGUGCAGGGCUGCUCUGCACCCCCGUCAUGCAUGCUGUGAGCCCGGGCGGAGCCCCUGGCGCGGGGCCGGUCCCCAUCUCCCAGCACUGUGCACGGCCACUCACACAGGCAGCGUCACACUCGCAGCACACUCACCCCACCCGGCUCUCCCUGAGCCCCGCUGCUCACCGGGAGCUGCUCCCACAUCACGGGCCCUGGGGGUGCAGCCCUGGGCUCUGUGAUCCCCGCGCAGCCGUGGGUGCAGAGCCAGGGCUGGAACAGCACGGGUCCCCACAGCAGCCCUGAAUGCCCAGUCUGGUCAGGGGAGUGUCUGGGUGUCAGGGGCACACCCCGUGCCUGAGCAGAGCCGGGGGAAAGCUCCUUCCCAUCACACAUUCCCCAGACCGAGCCCACGUGCGCUGUGGCUGCAGCCCCAGCCACAAAGGUGUUGUCACAGCAGACAAAUGCAUCACUUCUGCCCACCCCCCCAUUUCCCAUUGAGAGCCAUCUGUGGCUGCAGCUCCAUGUGUCACAGUCAGCCUCUCAUCCCCACUGUGCCACGGGGCCCUGGCACAUGCUGCUGGUCCCAGGUGCUGUCCUGGGCACAGGGUAGUGAUAGGGGACAGGCGUCUGCAACAUUGACACGGGCACCAAGGGGGCCCCACCAAGGGCCAUGCCCACUCUGCUGGGGACCCACAGGGGCCUGGGGUGCCCUGGGAGAGGGAGACGGUUCUGCCUUGGCACAGGGGCAGCCCACAGAGGCUCUUGGGAUGGGCACCCCCAUUCCCUCUGCGUCCUGCUCACAAGCACUGUGGGGACACAUUAUUCUCCCCAGGCCCCAUAGGGACACUCUGAGGGUGUCCUGUGUCCCCCAGGACUGUGGGGGCACUCUAGGGCUACCCGGUGCCCCCAGUCCCAUGCUGAGGUGCCCCAUGUCCCUGUGCUGCCCCGGCUGCCCACACAGCCCAGCUCCUCUGCACAUGUGGGAUGGGGACACAGAUGGGUCACCCUGCACGCCACAGGAAGGGCCAGACACAUGCACCCUGCUUUGGGCUGGGAUCACUGAGCCCCCAGUUAUUUAUUUUUACACAUUGUACUACAAUUCCUGUUUUUACUCGUUUGUACCUUUUGUAUUGUGUCUCGUGGAGCUGCAUGUACCAGCACUGCCCACGGCCGUGCAGGGGCCACUCGGUGCAGCCUGAACCCAAGUGCCAACGUCUCAAAAAAUGCCUUAAUAAACCACACGUUUGUACA